UUCCUCCUCCUUCUCCCCACCAUUCCAUCCUUCAUUCCAUCAUCCCACCCCACCUCCUCCUUUGCUGUGUUUGAAUGCGGUUGAGCCAUCUCAUUCUUACCAUUAGGGACACGCGGCCACCCACCCAUGGUGGUCUUAGCAGAUCCCUUCUCGAUAUCCUUCCAAACACACUAUCGUUAAACUAACAAGGCGUAUACCAAGCCACCAAUAUGUUAGGCGACGCCGAAAUCCACGCCCUCGAUGGCAAUCUAGGCACGAUCAUCCAGCAGAAUCAGCAGCAUCAUGCCGAUCUACAAAACCUUCUGGACAAGUUCCGCCUGCUUCUAGACAGCUAUAACAACCUCAAAAGUGACUACGAGGAGGAAAAAGAAGCCAGGGAGAAAUAUAAGCGGAUGGUAAGGGGACAGGAGCGUAAUCCCUUCGUCUUGGUUCUGGUCGACGGGGAUGGUUAUCUGUUUAAAGAACACCUCGUAAAAGCCGGCAGCGAAGGCGGCAUUACAGCAGCUCGGUUGCUCAAUGAUUCAAUUCGAGAACUCAUCCAUGAUCGCCUAGGCAGCCAGGCCGAUCAAUGUCGGAUCAUGGUACGCAUCUACGCUAAUGUCCUAGGUCUUUCGAAAUCCCUUGCACGUUCAGGAUUCGUGGGUCAUGAAGCCCGCUCCCUGGCCCCAUUUGCGGCCAGCUUCACUCGGGCUCAAGACUUAUUCGACUUUGUUGAUGCGGGUGAUAAGAAAGAGGGGGCGGAUUAUAAGAUUAGGGAAAUGUUCCGUCUAUUUGCCGAUAAUAACCAGUGCAAGCAUAUCUUUUUCGCUGGCUGCCAUGAUUCGGGUUAUUCAAACCUCCUUACGCCUUAUCGUGGCCGGACUGAUCGUAUCACUCUACUAAAAGGCGCCGGGUUCCAUAGCGAAUACGAAAGGCUGGACUUACCAGUGCGAGAGAUCCCAUCAGUCUUCAUGUCUACCUCCCUAGGCAGCAAUGGGAGCAUGAUGCCCAACCAUACGACUUCCCCGUCCAACGCAUCCAGGCCGAUCUGCAAACACUUUCAGAAGGGCAUUUGUCGGUAUGGCACCGCUUGCAUCAAGGUCCACAUACCCCAAGGCCAACAACUUACCAAAUCGGAUGAUCAUCCCUCGUCUCCACCCGGGAGAGUAUCUCCCACCCCAACGCGGAACCAAGAAUAUUAUGCCACAAACCUUGUCCCCAAUAUAAAUCCAGUAUGGUACGACUGUAUUCCCACUAACUCGGCCGGCGAUCGCAUCGAUACAUACUGCCCGAUGCCCUCGCAUGACGCCUGGGAUACGUAUACCCGCCGAGCCAAGAUUCAUAAGCCCUGCAACAAGUACCAUCUAGGCGGCGAUUGCGGCAAUGUGGGCUGUGAAUAUGACCACACCCGCCUCGACCCCAGCUCACUAGAUGUUAUGAAGUACAUACUCAGGCAACACCCAUGCCAGACAGGUUCGUCCUGCCGGUCCCUGAAGUGCUACCUUGGCCAUUUCUGUCAGAAGGACGGAUGCCGGGGCACUAAGCCAUGCAAGUUUAACCGCUAUGCGCAUACGCUCGACUUGCAUAUCGCAGGUUACAUCCCAGCUCUUGAAAGAAGGGACACUGGUCCCUCCCCGUCAAGCGAGAGCUCUGGGGAGGUGUACUCAGCCGAUCUCAAUGAAGAAGUCCCAGCUAUGAUAGAGACAUAUGUAUUUUGAACAGCUAUACGGUCCAGUAGGACUGUACCCAUGAGGACACUGCGUACUAUUAAGCUGUCUUCUACCAAAACAGGCCCGGUAGGUUUAUGGUCUAGGUGGGUGGAUGGGAUUAUGGUCUGGAUAGUGAUGGUCGAGGGUGAAGCCACGCAAUUUGUAUUGAUUUGGAUAUCGCAUAUGGUUAAGGCUACUUAACCUCAUGGAGUACUCCCGAGCUAGCUAUUCACGAGAAUGAAAAUUUGGCAUUUUGUUCAUAGC